AAAUCGGCCAACGUAUUUGGCUGUUCGCACUUGGCAGUUUGAUUCCAGAUUUUGCAAGAGCAUGUGCGUUUUUAACCAACUGUUCGAUUAUUUUUUUCCGCGUGAUGGAAGGAAGCAACCAAGAGUUAAUUGUUCAAGGGGUUACUCGAUGUGGGCAAUCGCCACGAAAAAAACCACGUGGACGGCUUGCUGUGGCUCCCUUUGUUUCGUAUCAAUGGCUGCCAAUGGAAUGUUGGAACAUCCUAUUCUGUCAAUUGGAAUAAGAUCGGAUUGAAAAGAAUGUAGCGGUCCGUUUCGGAUGGGGCGUGACUGGACCAACAGUUCCAAUACGAACGCUAGGAGUCGUGACUGUUGAUGGAUUCCAUUUUGCUGUCCAUGGAGAUCACGUAGUUCAAUGCGGUACUGGAAAUCAAGACGAUGCCCGAACAUUGUUGCAUGAGGUUGAGCGCAAAAGGGCCACGCCAAACAAGGACCGAGUAUCGAACCCAAGGACGAAAACAGAUUCAAAAGGAGGAUAAUCAGCCAAAGAUAUGAGGUUCUAUACUUGGACUCCGGAUGAAUCCGAUCAAUGGAAAGAGGAGGUGAUGGACACUGAGCUUAUAUAAAAAUCCGCAUCGGCUGUGCUUGGCCGUCUGGCCGAUCGUCAGCCAUUAGAAGGUGAACCAGGAGCGUCGAUGGCGAUGCAACUCUUUGAACGUGUUUGACGCAAUGGCAACCUACUGACAUCAUGGCCGGCCAUCAAAGGUGAAGUGAUUGAGAUGCCCAGUUGGAUUGUUACGAGAACAAAAUUGAAUUGGUAUAGAAGAAGUGAGGAAGGCUGUUUGGACAUCAACUAACGAAGGAAAGCCAAAUCAAAAUGACAAUGUACUCAUUGGACUGGAACUCCAAGGUUUUUCACAAUGAAUAUUUUGUCUACUGGUAUGACUCUAUGAAAUGGCCCUCCGUCAGUUGCCUUCAAUUGGAAAACCAACAGUGUCAAAGAAUAUUGAUAGUUUCUGAUCCACAGAUAUUGGGAUUGCAUGAAGUAUUUGGUUGGAUAGCAUAUACCGAUAGUGAUUGGUAUUUGCAAAAGUCGUUCUACUAUGCCUUACGGUACAUCAAUCCAGAUGUCAUAAUAUUCCUAGGGGACUUGAUGGAUGAAGGGAGCACCAGUACAAAUGAUGAAUACAAAUUUUACAAGACAAGAUUCUCUAAAAUUUUUGAUACUUCACAAUUUCAAUCAAAGAUAAUCUAUUUACCUGGGGACAAUGAUAUUGGAGGUGAAGGAACAGACCAUGUCACUCAAAACAAAAUGGAACGAUUCAAUUCCAACUUUCCUAGUCAAACUGAAAAUAUUUUGGGGAAUACCCAGUUUGUUGUGGUCAACAGGAUAAUUGGUGAUUUUAGUCUACCUACAGUUUCAACUAUUAAAGACAAGUACAGAAUAGUUUUGAGCCAUAUUCCCUUGACAUUCAUUCCUGGCAUCUUCUCCCAUGAGGUAAUAACCAAAUUGAAACCUAACGCAAUAUUUUCUGCUCACGACCAUCGAAUAGCUAUGGCUACUACAAGACAGAACGAUAGCCAUUAUUUUCAAGUUGAUAACUUUACCGAAGAUUCAGCUGUAAUCAAGAAGCAAUUAAACGAUGAGGACUGCACCGAAGUUAUUUGGCCAACUUGCUCGUACAGAAUGGGUGUAGAGAAAUCGGGUUAUGGAUUUGCCACUAUCGGGGAUGAUGGGUUGAUGGAGUUCGGAGUCUUAUGGAUCCAUUCUCGGUUCUGGACUUUGCAUAUCUAUUUGAUAGUUAUCGCAUCCUUCCUUGGACUGUUCGUUUGCUUGAAAUACCUGAAGCAUUUCUCUUUUAAAAUGAGAAAACAAUCGUCGAUUUCUUGUUGAUUUUGUCAUAAAAAUAUUUUCACAAGG